AUGGAUUCUCAGCAGUCCCAGGACUCGCACAGUCCAUCCGUACCUUCCAACUCGCUUCCUCUUGGGCGACGCGGAUCACAUGACUCUAUGGCCACGACUCAGACCGAAAGAGAAUCAAUGAAUGCAGCUCUGGAUAACUACCAUAAUGCAGCGUACCAGUCCGAAUCGCUCACUCUCUUCAACGAUUUCACUAGCCCGCCAGAUCCAGCUGCUACAUCAGACGAGAAAGGACUGUCCGACGAGUUACAAGGCGGACUAAGCGGUCUGUAUAGUCGCUUUAGGACUUCCGUCGGGGGAGUGAGAGAUAUUGUCAGCGGUGGUGGAAAGUCUACAGACAAAAAUGCGACAGAAACUGCUGCAGCCAAGGGUCCUUUGUCGGAGCCUUCGAUGGCAAAACCUGUCUCAGAUCUUGCUACAAGCUCCGUCGACUACCCGCUAUCACAGCCCAACCCGUCGCAAGGAUCAAGGCUCCACUCGCCUGUUGUGCCAGACUUUCACACCCAUCAAGAUUCUGUGCAACCAUCGAACGUAGGAAAGAGAUCAAGAAUAUCCUCCAAAAGUGGCAGCAUAUCUUCCAAGGCCUCCGUGUCGCCAUCCCCUGGAACCAAGCCCAGUGCUCCGUCAACGAAAGCCACUGGUAGCGCCACUGUGGCAGAUCCUGCUGUCACUCAGUUUCAUAUGAACGUAAUCGGAAAACCCGACCGCUCAAGAAGCAGCUCCGUCAAUGGCCCCUUCCAGGGAAACCAUAAUGCAGGAUCGAUAAGUAUCGUCAGCAAGGAAGGCCCUUUGGAUCUUUCCAUGAGUCAAACAUCCUCUUCAUUGAGUCAGGACCUUUCUAGUUCGCCGGUUCUGCCUGCAAAGAUGCAUAGCAGCCAUCACGAGGAAUUCAACUCCCAGGACUCACUCUUCUCGGCAACCUAUACCCCAGAUAACCAGUCUCGGAAGUCCAUCUCUACUCCAGACCAACAAAUGCUGGCCGAAAACACCUCGCAAUUGACUAACAUGGAAAAUUACAAGCAAUCUGAGCCACCUCAGGACCAUAUAUCACAGCAUUCGGAAGAAAGAUCGAAAUCACGAACAUCUUUCCCUUCUGAAGAGCCGAAAGCUUCAGUUUCUCUGUCAAAUAGUCUAUCAACGCUCUCCUCUCAUGAUGAAGUACCAUACAAUGCUGAAAGACUCCAACCCAACAGGGAGACAAAUAUUCCCCGUGACAGCGCGAACCCCAAUGAGCCUCCAAAGGCCACAGCCCCUGGCAGGUCGAAUGAAGAGUCAGCGUCCUCAACCCGAGCAGCGCGAUUGCCUGGCUACGUGAUUUCACGGGCCUCCACGGCCGAAACUACCACAACGGUCUCUUCAUUGCCCCCUUUGAGCACUGAAUUCGAUCGAGAUACUGGUCAAUCUCUACCAGCUAGGCGGCAACCUCCCGCCGGGGGCGACGGUCUUUUGUCGCAGUUAAGCAGUAAACUGCUUAGCAGGGACUUCUGGAUGCGGGACGAGAAUGCCAAAGACUGCUUCUAUUGCGGAGAACCUUUCACAACAUUUCGCAGAAAACACCACUGUCGAACGUGUGGUCAAAUCUUUGAUUCGAAAUGCACCCUUCUUAUUUCGGGAACACGGUUCGGACAACCUGGAAGUAUUCGGGUUUGCAAACCCUGCGAGAAGAUGAUCAACGCGCACGACGAUGAUUCAUCUGAAUUCUCUGAUAGCGAGCAGAGCCCCAUAGUGGCCAAUCCUCGAGUCUCCGAACUCGGCUGGACUAAUACCGGGCGGGCAUCUGCAGAUGACGAUGAUUCAUCUUCGGUUGUGUCUCAAUCGGUCGAUAAUAUUCUGGGAACACCAACGAUGGCCAUACCGGCCACACGACGGGCUGGAGAGGGACAUAACCGCCGCUCGGCGGUCCUUGAAAUUGAUUCUGAUCGCCCUUUAGCACGACCUACGUCUUCGCGGUCUCUGCGGUCCUCGCUAGGGGGAAGACCGCACUCUAUCAGUCACAAACGUCACCACUCUCGUCAGCAAUAUAUUCGGGGUUUCAAGUCGUACCAUGAAGAUCGAGCCCCCUUUCAACGCCGACAUGCAGAAGACAUAGACGCCGAAUCUCGACUCCCUGCUUUUCAUAAAGAUAAUAUCAUUGACCCUGACCUUGCUCAAUAUCUCUCGGAUGACGCAUCUAGUGGCGAUGAGCAACCUAGUCUCUUGUCUGCAGUGUCUGAGGGCACCCUGUCCAAGAGUGGGGGUGAAAAUGAGAGGGCAUCCUUUGGUGGGCUUCUUGCUGCCAUGAAAAAGGGCAGGUCUGCUUUUGGAGACCGAAAUACUCCCAGCAUGAAUCGCGAUGCAGACGAAGCCAGUAUCACCGGUUCAAGAGCCGUGAAUCUACCUCGUGCCUCCCGUCGUCGAAACCUGAGCGUUGCUAGCAGUUAUCGACCGCGUCCUUCGCCCAGGACAUCAAAGGACAAAAUGUCCCUUCAUGACACCUCGGCGCCAGCCAUAUCUUCACCCAAGAAUACAGAGAAGGUCGGGCUCAAGAUGACUCGGAGCUCAUCAAUGAGUGGCAAUGAUGCCCCACCGGUGGAAUUGAACAAAGCCAGUCUUGAACAUGUACGAAAGCUUCUGCAUCAACUGCUUGUAGAAUCUGCCGUGCCAAAUGACCACAGUUGGGCAGACGCCUUGAUGCCAAUACUCUUGAAAACAGCAGACGAGGUCGAUCCAGAUGUCCAAAAAGGGGAUGAUAUGGACAUUCGACACUACGUAAAGUUGAAGAAGGUUCCGGGUGGCGCCCCUAGUGACACUUGUUAUGUGUCGGGACUCGUUUUCACAAAGAACUUGGCUCUGAAAGGCAUGUCGCGCCACAUUUCGCGUCCAAACAUCUUGAUCAUCACGUUUCCUCUUGAAUACGCUCGUCAGCAACAACAUUUCAUGAGUCUCGAACCUGUUAUUCGACAGGAGCGCGAGUUUCUAGAGAACUUGGUCAGUCGGAUCUCAGCAUUGCGUCCAAGCCUACUGCUGGUCGAGAAAACUGUUUCUGGCCUGGCUCUUGGUCUCCUCGAGCAAGCCGGAAUUGCGACUGCAUACAACGUGAAACCAUCUGUUCUCGAGGCCGUGUCGAGAUGUACACAGACUAGAAUUGUGACAUCUAUGGACAAGCUCUUGACGACCACAUUGCAUAGUGAAUGCAGCAGUUUCGACGUGAAAACCUAUGUUAAUCCUGGUCGAAGGAAAACAUAUAUGUCCAUCUCCGGCUGUCCGAAAGAGCUCGGGUGUACCAUUAUGCUGCGCGGAGGGGAUGAUCAAGUCCUCGGGAAUGUUAAAAGGAUCACUGAGUUCAUGAUCUACGUUGUGUACAAUCUUCGCCUAGAAACAAAUCUUAUGCGGGAUGAAUUCGGGAGGAUAUCAACCGAUGAACCGACGGUUCAGCCCGACAAAGACAAGACACCCAGUCCCCAGAGUAUCACUCAAGAAGGCGGCGCACAUCUAAUCCACCAACCUACUGUUCAACAGGAAACAAAGGAGAAACUUUGCGAUAUCUCUGAUAAUCAGAUUCUCGUUGAUGCUGAUGCUGCAAAAGUUCCAGACAACAUCCCAAUGCCAACAUACCAUGACGAGAUGGUUCACGACUAUAACACAAAAAUUUUGUCGGCCUCUCCUUUUGUCAAAUUCGAGCCUCCAUAUCUCCUAACGCGUGCGCGCGAGAUGGAACGCAGACUUUCAUAUCUGAAGUCUCUUCGUGAUCAAGACCGCAACUCGCAUCAGACCAUAGAUGAAAUGGCCAAACCCCAGAAAUUCGUCCUCAUAACCCCGGAAAUGGUCCAUCAAUCACCACAAGAUGCACCAGCAAAAGUCAAGGAAGUAUUGCGUGCUGCGCAUGAAGCCGAGUACGAUCGGGCGCUUCAUCACCAUCAAACCCAAACACGCCAGUGGGAAGCCUACGUGGCGGGAAACCCUAACAUGUUUGACCCUUAUGCGCAUCAGAAUCUAGUCAUUCUCUACAGUGUUGUGUGCACAACAACUUCAGUCCCCUGCUCAGGGCCAGAUACUUUUGCCCUGGAAUUCUACAAUGAGCAUGGAGAUGACACAAUUUUCGAGUCAGAUCUUACAAUCGGGCAGUAUGUCGAGGACCUUUGUCAUGCAGCGAAUUCCGUAUGCAACAUCAACGGCUGCGAGAAGCGCAUGUUCGAACACCACCGCCAGUACGUCCAUGGCGAGGCUCAGAUCAGCGUCCUGGUCCAGUCUUGUCCUCCUAAGCUCCGUGGGCUCCAUAAUUCCGUGCUGAUGUGGAGCUGUUGCAAAGUUUGUGGUAAUGAAACCCAAGUCAUGCCUAUGUCGUCGAGCACAUGGAAAUAUUCAUUCGGAAAAUACUUGGAGCUGUCUUUCUGGGGAAGACACUGGCUUGCUCGUACUGGAGGUUGUUCACAUGAUUUGCGGCGGGAUUACUUCCACUAUUUUGGCUACAAGGAUCUUGCUGUGCGAGUCCAAUAUGACCCCAUUCGUCUUCUCGAGAUUAUUGUACCACGACCUCGUGUCACUUGGAAAGUGGACAACGAUCUGAAGCUGAGGAACGAAGUAUACUUGCGUACCGAGGAACGUCUCAGCAAAUUUAUGGCGUCUGUACAAGAUCGAUUGAAAAGCAUCAAAAUCACGAGUGUUAUUCCCGAGCUAGUCGAGAGCUGCAAGACGGAAAUUGAAACUUUGAUCAAGAAGGGUCAUGAAGACCAUAGCUCUUUGGUCCGACACUUGCAAGACAGAUACACAAGUUCUCGCUACUGGGAGAUUAUACCGCUGAAUGAGGUCCUCCGUGCAGUUCAAGAAAAGGUUGUCGAAUGGGACAUGAUAUUUGCCGAUUUCGAAAUGAACUUUUUCCCAUCAGAAAAGGAUAUCAAGCAUAUGGCAACGUUGCAACUCAAAAAGAUCUUCCUCGACAAAGACGCAGCAUCGGUUUCUACAGAUGAUGCCCUUCAGACUCCUACAGACGUCGAGGAUGAACACAACCUGGCAGUCGACAGGCCACGGAUGAUGCGACGCAUGACACUGUCACCAGAAAAGGCACAGAAUGUACUAGUCUCCGUCGUCGAGGAGCAUACUGGCAAAAAGCACCGCGAGGAACUCGACGAAGUUGAGUUGCCCUCUCCUCCAUCGUCGGCCGAGGAAGCAACUUUAUCACUCCAUACAGCCGGUGGAACGAGGUCCUCUCCCCAGGAUGAGGCUGUCUCACAAGAAGAAGUCCGUCAUCUCGACUUGGCUGUUCCUACGGGUCAGUCGGAAUGCAACUCCGUCGGCCAUGCUGCCAUUUCAAAUGAACCUCCCAUCAAGACUGAUCUUCCGGUGAUGAUCCCCGGCGACGGAUCAUCGGAAUCAUCACCACCGGAAAAUUCUGAGAUUGCUGAAAUUCCUGAUCAAGAAACCAAGAGUGAGACCGAAGACAGCGGGGCUUCUGACAUGCCAAGUACACCGGUGCGUCGGCCUUCAGCGAUACCGAGACCUACCGAGGCAGCCUUUCGACGCACUAGUAAGGUACGAUCCCCUCCGCUUGUGCGUGCUCAGUCUCAGCCAGCAAAUCUACCACGAUCAUCUCAAAGCAUUCAACUUCCAGGGUUGAAGUUAGCGUUCACCAACCCAAUCGAUCCGGAAAAGCCUGCAGGUCAAUCAUCAACAAAGCCAUCGGAUAGAAAGCUGAGCGAUCGCUUGGGCUUGAAUUCCCUCAAGACUGCCCGAUUUGCUUCAGGUCACUCACUUAUCCCACGGCAUUUUGAACAAUUGAGCCGUGAGUUCGAAAAGGAGAGACAGCGCGAAAGACGUCAACGCGCUGCCAAGGGCACUCAAUCCCGAGCAUUUCCAUUGGCGUCCUCGAAGCCCAUCGUGGAGGUCUAUCGAAAUGUACGAGAGGCUGUUGAAGAACGGGAACCACCCGUCGAUAGCUACGAAUCUCUGCCCUCGGCUCCACGGAUCCCAAUGAACGACAUGAGUCGCAGGAGCGAUGAACUUACGCAUGAUGAUAUAACUCAUGAUGAGCCCUCUCCACCAGAUGAUUCUUCACCAGCGCCUAUAGAAGUGGACAGGGCACCCUCCCCUGACAACCAAUUAUUGUCCGGUGGCGAAGCGGAUGACCACCAAAGUGAUGAGGAUCAAAACAUGGUUGAAGAUCUCCAUCCGGUGGAUUCCCAUGAAGAGACCAAGCAGUCAACAGAGGACGAUUCAAUUGACUUCAAAGAACUCCCUAAACACGAGCGCACUACGCUUCUGAAAAUUCUGACAAACUUCUGGUCUGAACGUUCUGCAAGUGGGUGGCCGUCUCUUGACUAUCCACUCAGUGUCAUGGAUCAUGUCUUUGCUGAUUGCAACAUUAUUGUUCGCGAGGAUGAACCAAGCUCUUUGGUAGCGUUUGCUUUGGACUCUUCCGACUACAAAGAAAAACUUUCAAGCAUUCAACAACGGUUUGAUGAGGCGGAAGAAAAACAACCAAUUGACGGAGAUGACAUCGAGGCUGCGAAGGAAGCACGGGUCGAACAUGCUCUCUUGCGACCUACGGGCACACACCUGAAAUAUCAAUUCCAAGAAGGCCAGGCCAAGAUGCUGUGCAAAGUGUUCUACGCUGAGCAGUUUGAUGCUCUGCGCAAAAAGUGUGGUGUGGCAGAUCGAGUCGUCGAGUCGUUGUCUCGGUGCGCAAAGUGGGACUCAAAAGGUGGCAAAACCAAAUCGUUGUUCCUGAAGACCCUUGACGACCGUUUCAUUCUCAAAUCGCUCUCGCCCAUUGAGACGCAGGCUUUCCUCAAAUUUGCCCCGGCCUAUUUCCAAAUCAUGUCCGAGGCCCUGUUCCAUGAACUCCCUUCCGCAAUCGCCAAGAUGUUUGGCUUUUACCAAGUCAUCAUCAAGAACCCCGUCACAGGAAUGGAGUUCAAUUGGUUCUUGUUGCUAAUGGAGAACUUGUUCUACGACCGUGUUCCUACGCGCAUCUUUGAUCUGAAAGGCUCGAUGCGAAACCGCAAAGUUGAGAGCACCGGCGAACGGAAUGAGGUUCUCUUGGACGAGAACAUGGUGGAUUUCAUCUAUGAGACACCUCUCUUUGCCCGCGAGCACUCAAAGAAGCUUCUUGGCCAAAGUGUGUGGAAUGACACACUCUUCUUGGGUCGUCAAGACGUCAUGGACUACUCGCUCAUGAUCGCCAUCGAUGAAAGCCGCAACGAACUGGUGGUAGGGAUCAUUGACUGCAUCCGCACGUACACCUGGGACAAAAAGCUCGAGUCCUGGAUCAAGGACAAAGGAUUUGGUGGCGGUGGCCGCAAUCGCCCAACGGUCACAAGUCCCAGGGAAUACAAGGGCCGGUUCCGUGAGGCAAUGGCUCGAUAUGUGCUUCAAGCUCCAAGCUGCUGGCAUCAAUUCCAACCAAGUGCGAUGUACCGCUAUGAGAACCACCCCACUGAAUCUGAGACUGUUGAUGGGAACGGGUUUGUAGAAGACCCCGGUUACUAA